UGUGGCCAGCUGAUGCUCCUCUCUGCUGUUGACACUCUAACCCCGCCCUCCCGGGGCGCAUAGGGACAACGAACCAUACAGACAGGAGAAGGAGGAGGAGAUCCUCAACUUGGGCUGAGGAGCCGGUGCUGCUCCCGGUGCGGUGCAGUCACACACAGCUUUCCACCGGACCGGUAUGCAUUACCCGAGGAGGAGGAAGUAAGCUGCAACGACCGGGAAAGAUGCAGGCGGAGGACAUGGAGGUACCUAUCAUUAAUAAUCUUAACGAAAACGGCCAGAGACAGAGGCCGACAGGGAAAUAUAUGUUCAAGGUUCAGCAGGAGGAGUCGGAGAGCUCCAUGGAGUCACCCAACCUGGAGUUUGAGUACGGAGACACAGACACACUGACUGCUGAGCUUUCAGAGCUCUACAGUUACACAGAGGAGCCAGAGUUUGCCCUGAACAGAGACUACUUUGAGGAGGACUUCAGGAGCCAUGCUCGAGAAAGGAGGUGGAUCGAGCUGACGCUGGAGGAGCAGAGGACAUAUGUGAUGAGGCUGCUGGAUGCGCUGGAGGUGACGGACAGAGACAAGAGGCUGAAGGUGGCCAGGGCCAUCCUCUACUUGGCUCAGGGAGUGUUUGAUGAGUGUGACACAGAAGUGGAUGUUCUCCACUGGUCCAGGCACAAUGUCUUUCUGCUCUACGACAUGGGCAUUUUCACGGCACUGCUGGAGCUGCUUAGCAUGGAGAUAGAUAACAACCAGGCAUGCAGCAGUGCAGUGAGGAAGCCUGCCAUCUCUCUUGCAGACAGCACAGAGCUCAGAGUGCUACUGAGCAUCAUGUACUUGUUGGUGGAGACCAUUAGAGUUCAAACGGAGGACGACAGACCUGAAUGGAGAGCAGCAAGAGAAGCCUUCAAGAAUGAGCUAGGUUCACCUCUGUACAACGGAGAGCCCUUUGCCCUGCUACUCUUCACCAUGGUGACCAAAUUCUGCAGCAUGAAUGCCCCACACUUCCCCAUGAAGAAAGUACUGCUGCUGCUCUGGAAGACAAUACUUUUCACCUUGGGGGGUUUUGAGGAGCUCCAGGAGAUGAAGGUGCGGGGUCGGGAGCGCUUGAACCUGCCCCCGCUGCCGGAGGACAGCAUCAAGGUGGUCAGGGCCAUGAGAGCAGCUUCCCCCCCGGCCUCUGCCAUGGAGCUCAUUGAACAACAGCAGCAGCAGAAGAGAGGCCGUCGCAGCCGCAGGAGUGCCUUUGUUGAUAGCUUGGAAGGAGACAGUCCCUUUCCCAAGAAGCAGCCCCUGGUCAAGCAGGACAGCCUGGACACGUACAACGAGCGGGACCCCUUUAAGAACGACGACGCCCGGGACGAGGAGGAGGACCCCGAGGACACAGACAGCGGCAUUGAGGGCGAGGUGGACCCCUUGGACCGUGAUGUCAUCAUCCAGCCCCCGCCUCCGCCACCUCCCCUCAGACCCCCUACAGAAAGGGUCAACUUCCCCAAGGGCCUUCCCUGGGCUCCUAAAGUCAGGGAGAAAGACAUCGAGCACUUCCUUGAGACCAGUAGAAACAAGUUCAUCGGUUUUACUCUGGGAAACGACACAGAUACCCUGGUGGGCUUGCCCAGACCCAUCCAUGAGAGUGUCAAGACUCUUAAACAGCACAAAUAUGUUUCCAUCGCUGAAGUCCAGAUCAAAAAGGAGGACGAUCUGCAGCAGUGUCCGAUGACUCUGGGCGAGGAGGAGGUGGAGGAGACACCAACAGAGAUGCUGUACCUGGGCAUGCUUCCUAACCUCUCCCAGUACGUGAUUGCCCUCCUGAAGCUGCUGCUAGCUGCAGCUCCUACCUCCAAAGCUAAAACGGACUCCAUUAACAUCUUGGCUGAUGUUCUGCCUGAGGAGAUGCCUAUCACAGUCCUUCAGAGCAUGAAGCUGGGAAUUGACGUGAACCGCCACAAAGAAAUCAUCGUCAAGGCCAUCUCUGCUCUGCUGCUGCUGCUGCUCAAACACUUCAAACUCAACCAUAUUUAUCAGUUUGAGAUUGUCUCCCAGCACCUGGUGUUUGCUAACUGUAUCCCACUCAUCCUCAAGUUCUUCAAUCAGAACAUCAUGUCCUAUAUCAGUGCCAAAAACAGUAUCUUUGUGCUGGACUUUCCUCACUGUGUGGUCCAUGAGAUGCCUGAGCUCACAGCUGACAGCCUGGAAGCGGGAGACAGCAACCAGUUUUGUUGGAGAAACCUGUUUUCUUGUAUUAAUCUGCUGAGAAUAUUAAACAAGUUGACCAAGUGGAAACACUCCAGGACAAUGAUGCUGGUGGUGUUUAAGUCCGCCCCCAUCCUGAAGAGAGCUCUUAAGGUGAAGCAGGCCAUGAUGCAGCUCUACGUCCUCAAGCUGCUUAAGAUCCAGACCAAGUACCUGGGCCGCCAGUGGAGGAAGAGCAACAUGAAGACCAUGUCAGCCAUCUACCAGAAGGUCCGCCACAGGCUCAAUGACGACUGGGCCUACGGAAAUGAUAUCGACGCGCGGCCCUGGGACUUCCAGGCGGAGGAGUGCGCCCUGCGGGAGAGCAUCGAGAAGUUCAACAGCCGCCGCUACGACAAGAACAAGAACGGAGACUUUGCGCCGGUGGACAACUGCCUGCAGAGCGUGCUGGGUCAGCGCGUGGAGCUGCCCGAGGACUUCCACUACAGCUACGAGAUGUGGCUGGAGAGAGAGGUCUUCUCCCAGCCCAUCCAGUGGGAGGGGCUGCUGCAGAAUCCAUGAUGGAAAGGAGGGAGAGGGUUGGAGAGAGUGAGGGGAGAAUGUGGUGGUGGUCAAAUACGAGCCUGGUAGUGUGGUUAAAGGGAGUCUGAGGAGAGGAGGUGGAAGCAAUGGGGGUUGUAUUUCACAUUAGUGAUGGAGGGAUGGGGGAGGGUGAGGAUCUAAUGACGGGAGAAGAUGGAAGAUGAAGGGUAAAAUGAAGCAAAUUUGACGAACGAAUGGAGCUUCUUGCUGUGAGCUUGUCACAAAUAGAUGUCUCACACACACAACACACACGCACGCACGCACGCACGCACGCAC